AUGGCGGUCGGCAAAGAAGAAGAGGAAGAAGAUGACAAUGAUGGUGACGGUGAUCAUGAUGUGGAUGUAGUAGUAGCAGCUAAAAUGAUGACUAUUACUACGGCCGUUUCUGCUACUAGUAGUACAACUACUACAGCUACUGUAGCUACUACUACUACUGCUGCUGCUACUGAUACUACUACACUUGCGACUACUACUAUUACUACUGCUGCAACCUUGCAGUCGUCAUCAUCAUCAUUGCAUUCCAGUGUGAUAUCGCCAUCGUCAUUAGCAGCAACCACAACAUCGUCAUCAUCAUUAACGGAAGUACAAAAAAGUAUCAACUUCAUCCACAAAACCAUCAACGCCACAUUAACUACUUCUGCUCAUCUCCAGCCAAUCACAGCGCAGGACGACAUUUCCUCUUCUCCCAUUGGUUGCAACGUUAUUACAGCACCGUCAUCACUCAAAAAAGACCCAAGCGAUGAUAACGAUAACGAUUUGAACGUUGACGACUACGCGGACGAUGACGUCAUAACCGCUGGCGGUGAUGAUGAUGAUGGGGGUAGUAGUGCCAGGGGAGGGAACUUCACCCCGAGCAAAAGUAGUAGUAGUGAGGUUUUUAAAGCCCAUGACGGAAGCGUCGAGAAGGAAAUCGCCGAUGUCGCCACUGCCAGUCUUGAUGAUGAUGAUGUCGCCAAGGGUGGUCCUGAUGAUGAUGUCGCCAAGGGUGGCCCUGAUGAUGAUGUCGCCAAGGAAAUCGCGACUGGCGUGGCGGACAUUGCGAAAAAUGUGAUGAGAAAUGACGACGAUGGUGGGUAUGGUGAUGAGGAUCAGGUUAAAAUCUGUGAUGAAGUUGAUAAAAAAGAUGAUGUAGGCGGUGAAAAUGUAGUUAAAAAUGAUGACAAGCUUGAGAAUGUUGACGAAAGAACUAAAAUCUGUGAUAAAACAAGUGACGAAAUUGAUAGUAACGUGAUUCCGGACUGUGAUAAACCCGAAAAUGAUGAUGAAGUGAGUAAAAUUUGUGAUGAAGGUGCUGGAAUUCUGAUAAUGGAUGAUAAAAAACUUGAAAUUGGUGACGAUAUGAUUAAAAUUUGCAACGAGAAUGCAGACAAGGAGGGCGCAGAUGUCAUAAGACAGGACGACAAAUCAGCUAGCGAUAGUAGAAUAACAAAAACCUGUGGUGAAUAUCAUCGUAGAGACCUUAAAAAUGUGAUAACUCGUGCUGAUAAACCAGUGAAUGAUGACAUAAAUGUGAUAAUACAUAGUAAACUAACUAACGGGGAGGAAAUGACAAAAAUCUCCAACGUAGAUGAUGAUAAAGACGAUAAACAUGUGAUAAAUGAUCAUGAUAAGCCGCUAUGUGAUGAUGAAGAGGCAAAAAAUGUGAUGAAACAUGAAGAUAAGCCAGUGAGUAACGAAGAAAUUUACAAAACUUACAUUGAAACUGACGAUGCAUGCUAUAAAAAUGUGGAUGAACAUGGCGAUAAACCACUAAGUGAUGACAAACUGGCGAAAACUCGUGAUGAAACUGAUGAUAAAGACUUGAGAAAUGCGAUAAAACUUGAUGACAACCGGCAAAGCCAUCAGCUUCCGUCGCUGAUUUCAUUCCAGGAUAAUGUUUCCAAAUUCUCACCUAUGGUCAUGCAUCACACUGAAAUCGUUAAAAUUGGCGAAACGAAAAUUGACCACAGCGAUGACGACGACGAUGAUAAGAAGGGUAAUGAUGCAACCAAAGAUUCAAAUAAAGAUGACCUAUUGAUAAACUUUUACGAUGACGUCACGUCAGCACUUUCGUACCAAAGAUCCAAAAACGUUUUCACCGUUGAUACAGAUGGUGGUGAUGACGACGACGAUGAUGAAAAAGAUAAAUUCGUUACUGAUAAUGAUAUUGCCAGCAGUGCUUCAAAUAUCCAGAAUAAUAUAAAUAAUAAAACCAACAAUGGUAAUGGCGAUAGUAACGCUAGCACGAAACACGGUGAUGAUGAUGAUGAUGAUGAUGAUGAGGAUGGCAAUGAUGAUAAUGGUGCUGAUCUAAAUAAUGAUGAUGAUGUUUUAGGCGUUGCUGAUAAUGAUUACGCAGUUAUUGAUGUUAAAAAUGGUGGUGGUGGUGAUUAUGAUGGAGUUAAAAUUAACAAUGUUUUCUGUAAGGUUCUAGAUGACGAUGAUGAAGACGACGACCAUCACCAUCAUUACCAUCUCGAGGGUAUUAGUAAUGAUUACAAAAAUUACAGUGAUGAUGCUGGUGGUAAGAAAAAAGGUGAUGAUGAUGAUGAUGACGAUAAUGACGUCAUCGCUAGUGAAAACAAAAACGAACACUGGACUCUGAGCAUAGAUAAGACUACUACCAUUCUUACCACUACUACUACUACUACUACUACUACUACUACUACUACUACUACUACUACUACUACUACUACUACCACUACUACUACUGCUGCUGCUGCUGUGGCUACUACUACAACUACGGGUAUUGAUAAUGGUAAUAAAAAACGUGGUAAUGAUGACGAUAAUGAAGUUGAUGACUUCACCGGAGGUGCUGAUAAUGAUGCUUCAGUUGUUGGCGCCAAUAGUAAUGAUGAUAAUAGUAUCGUCGCCGAGUGUGGCGAAAUUGGCGUUAGACGUUUUGAUAACGAUGACGAUGACGCAAUCGGAAGUACUGGUAAGGACCCUAAUGUUAUUGGUGGAAAUGAUAAUGACGUAAUUGGCGGCGGUACUGAUGACGAUCUCGUGAAUUUCGCGGCUAAGUCGAUGGUGUCUGUUUGCAUGGAGCAUGUUAAAAACUCCAGCCUGGCGUUGAAUUCUGAAAAAAAUUCAGCGGAGCCAAAUUUGGCCUUGAAUCGUGAGGAUGAUGAUGAUGAUGACGAUGGAAAAAUAGAAGUUAAUGACGAUUAUGGUAAUGAUGUUGGCGGCAAUAGUAGCGAUCAUUCAAAUCGUCACCACCAUGGCCACAACCAGCAGCAGCAGCAGCAGAAGGAGAAUUUAAAUUCGGAAAAUUUGAUUCGUGUAAUGAAGAUUGCCAAGAAGUCAAUCGUUGUUGGUGGGGGGGAUCUAAAUGAUGAUGAUGAUGGUGAUGAUAAUGAUAAUGUGAAUGAUGAUAACGAUAAACCCGGGAAAACCCUCGACUAUGAUUGCAUGGGCAACAAUUCGGUAUCCCCUAGUACCGAUACCGUCAAGCAAGUAAAACAAUUCCGAAACGAGACGGUGCUGCACGAACCGGUUUCGAUAGCCGAACCGAUAACACCGAUGAUACCGAGACAACCUGGAUCGCAUAUAACCGGUGAAAUAAUAUUGACAUCACUUCAAGAAGAAUGGAAGGAAGAACCGGCAUAUAUAGAAGUCAAAAACUAA